AUGGUGCAGAGCAGGAGGAGCCCAGCCCCAAGCUGGGCCCAUUGCGGGCCAAGGGAGCCUCUGCCUGGCGUCCAGGUUCUGCAGGGGGUGCGGAGACUGCCCCGGAGCAAGGGCUGGGAGCGGAGCCGGAGCCGGGAGCGGGAGCCGGAGCCGGGAGCGGGAGCCGCAGCGAGAGCCGGAGCCGGGAGCGGGAGCCGCAGCGAGAGCCGGAGCCGGGAGCGGGAGCCGCAGCGAGAGCCGGAGCCGGGAGCGGGAGCCGCAGCGAGAGCCGGAGCCGGGAGCGGGAGCCGGAGCCGGGAGCGGGAGCCGCAGCGAGAGCCGGAGCCGGGAGCGGGAGCCGCAGCGAGAGCCGGAGCCGGGAGCGGGAGCCGCAGCGAGAGCCGGAGCCGAGAGCGGGAGCCGCAGCCAUUGCCGGAGCCGGGAGCGGACCAGGAGCAGCAGCUGGCGGAGAGCGGCGGCAGGAGGGCAGGAGCCGCCCGGGGGCAGGCGGAGAGCGGCGGCAGGAGGGCAGGAGCCGCCCGGGGGCAGGCGGAGAGCGGCGGCAGGAGGGCAGGAGCCGCCCGGGGGCAGGCGGAGAGCGGCGGCAGGAGGGCAGGAGCCGCCCGGGGGCAGGCGGAGAGCGGCGGCAGGAGGGCAGGAGCCGCCCGGGGGCAGGCGGAGAGCGGCGGCAGGAGGGCAGGAGCCGCCCGGGGGCAGGAGAAAUAG